AUGACAAACAAGCAACCAACCAGCAUCCAUCAUCCCACAGCCACCAGCGGGCAACCAGCAGCCAGCAGCCCGCAGCCCGCAGCAAGCAGCCCGCAGCAAGCAGCCCGCAGCAAGCAACCAGCAUCCAGCAUCAAACAUCCAGCAGCAAGCUGCAAGCAUCUAGCAGCCCGCAACACCACCAACAAAUCCCUGGGACAAUGCACCCCAUUCCACCUGACCCCAAAGGAUGACAAUGACAAACAAGCAACCAACCAGCAUCCAUCAUCCCGCAGCCACCAGCCGGCAACCAGCAGCCAGCAGCCCGCAGCAAGCACCCAACAUCAAACAUCCAGCAGCAAGCAGCCAGCACCCAGCAGCCCGGAACACCACCAGCCAAUCCCGUUGACAACCACCCCAUUCCAUCUGACCCCGAAGGAUGACAAUGACAAACAAGCAACGAACCAUCAUCAAGAAUCCAGCAUCCAUCUUCCGGCAGCCAGCAGCCGGCAACCAGUAGCCAGCAGCCCGUAGCCCGCAGCCCGCAGCCCGCAGCCCGCAGCAAGCACCCAACAUCCAGCAUCAAACAUCCAGCA